CAUGUCCCACUUAUACUUUCACUUUCCGGAUUGCGUUUCGAAACUGCCAUUCACAUAGCGCCUCUGCCUGAAACCGUGCUUUACGUUGUUUAAUUCAGGGUUUUAAAAUGCUUUUAAUCUUAGUUUAACGUUGCUGGACGUGUUACUUUCGGUCACAGACGGAAGCAACCCAUUAUCUCGUUCAUAACCCACUCAGACCAACGCCAUGAUCGCUUCGUCUCCAAUCAGAACUCUUUCGGGCCUCUGGUGGCUCCUUGUUGUUCUGGCGGCGGCCUCUGUGUCCUCAGAUGAAACAAUCUAUGCAAAGGAGGGAGGCGAGGUAACGCUCAAACCAAAACAGGCGUCUGUGACUGAUACAACCAAAAGCAUCACCUGGAAAGUUGGGGAAGAUCUGGUUGUCGAUUUGGACUCAGUAGGUACCAUAUACUAUGGUAGAUUUCAAGGUCGGAGCAACUUGAACAACCGGACUGGAGAAUUGACUCUCAGAAGCCUGACUUAUGAUCUCACAGACGUGUACACGAUAGAAAUAAACGGCAUUCCAAUUGACCACAUUAAACUCAUUGUACUUGCUGCAGUUCCUGUACCUACCAUUGCUCUAUCCUACCCUGAAGGUGCACACACAUGUACCCUGACCUGUGAGGGAAACACGGCCAGAGCAGAACCAGUAGAAUACAGAUGGAUGACUGACGACACUGAAGUGCCGGGUUCCACAAACAAAACAUUCACUGUAAAGGAGAACAGUUCAGGUGUCAGAGAGUUCAGCUGUAAAAUGAAGAAUCCAGUCAGUGAGAACAGAAGCAAACCCUUCGCCAACCCAUUCAAGGCUCCAGAAAGCGGUCCAAGGAUUUCCACAGGAUUCACAGUGUUGGCCAUAUUGCUGUUUCUUGUGAUACUGGUGGCCAUUGGCCACAGAAUGAAAACAGGAGAAUGGUUCUUCAAUAAAUCCCCCAAUCCUUGGGAAGGAGAUUUCUGGAGGAAUACCAGGGCGCAGCAACCUCAAGCAGCUGCUUCAGAAUCCAAUGGCAACACAACUCCACUAAAGGGCAAAUUAGAUGAGGAAACUGCACUGACGGAAAAGUAAAACGUCUUGAGACUUUCACCAUCGGCAAAAUCUUCUCGGAAACGAACAUUUUGAAGGAUGGAUUUUUCUAGAAGUGUUUUUUUUUUCCUCCUCAGAAUGUUUUUGACAUUUUCCCCUGGCAUUGAAAGCAACAACUGACUGGAGAGUACACACCAAGUUAUUCUGCUCCGCUGUUACACUGGAUGAUUUUUAAUAGGAAACUUUUUUUUUCUGUUAUUGUUAUUGCAGCAUCUGAAACAUGAACUUCAGUGAUAUUUUCAAGGAAAAGUAAUCUGACUAGAGUGAGUUUAGAUAAGACAAAAGGAAAAGAGGUGGGCUGCUGACCCUUUGGAGGUUUGGUUCAGGAGUUUCCAAAGUGUCAAAUAACUCCUAAGACAAUUCCUGGAAAACAGGUACAGUGAGCUUUCCUGUCAAAGAAAGCUCACUAUAUAUAAAGUCAUUAAUUUAAAAGACUUUAUAUAAACAACAUCCACUGGUACUUUGACCUAAUCAGACCUGCGUGUGCUCCUGGUUUGAUGCGAGACGGGAUUCGUGCACUUUUAUCUGUGUCAGAGCAACCGAGCCAAGAGAAGAGAAACAAAGGAAGGGCAUUGUGUGAGCUGAGCCGCCUGUUCAACCUACAGUCAAAGCUUUGUGCAGAACUGCUGACGGUUCGGCAUCAACCAACAUGUUUGGUUUGGGACUUAGCUUUUGAUGAUGAAAUUUGCUCCUCCUUAGAGAUUUAUGAUUUUAUUUAAUAAGAAAAAAAGCAAUCAAAGCCAACCUGGCUUUAUGUGAUGAGAGCAAUCCAAGCAUCAACAUCCUAUUUUUUUAAGGUCAAGUCAAAGUAUUGUGUUCCGUAAUCUUUGUGUGUUUUCCUAAAAGUCUAAGGAAUGAUUAGGAUGUUUUUGCCAAAUGUGAAACAGGCCUCUAGAGUAUUUUUAACGAAUCGUGAACUCUGACGUAGAGUUUCAAAUAUUUGCGGACCAAAAGACGUCUGAAGCUGCGUCUCCAUUACAAAUGUUCGCAAAACUUUGUUGAUAUUCCACUAAGGUGGUGUUUCCUUUACAUAAGAAACCCAAUUAAAAUCACACGUGAAUACGUUUGUUCACAUGAUAAGUCAUUACAUUAAAAAACUUUUUUCCCCAAGUCGUUAAAAAAAACCCACAUCAUCCUCAAACUACUUCCUGUCUUCUUUGUGGUUCCAGGCAGUGGUAACAUCUGGUUGUUGAUCAUGUGACUUGUGCAAUGCCCAAAAAGUGUUUCCAUUGCAGUUUUGCAAAAUAAACCAAUUUCAAUAUGGCCAAAAAACUACUUUAUCCUAGCGCCAAAACCUUUGAUCCAAAAAUGAGGUUUUCUUUUUCGAAAUUGGUGUGCUGCCAUUAAGCAAAUUGAUUUUCAAAAUGUCAAAUUGCGCAGUUACAUAGUCAACAGAAACCCAGCUAAUGACUUGGAUUACCUUUGAACACGAUGUGUUGCUUCAUGUUGUCAAGCAGGUUCUUCUUCGGUGCAUUAAGGUUCCAUAUUCACGCAGGGUCAGGUUGGCUUGGUGAACUUUUAAUCGUAAAAAAUGAAAUCAUUAUGAAACACUACAAUAACAACAGAACUGCAUCGUGGGAUACGUGUUUCUGUUACUUUUAACCUUUUGAAAUUUAAAAAACAACAACAACUAAAUGUGUUUGAAUACUUGUCGUUACAGUGUUUGUGUAAAUGUGUAGAUUAUGCAUGUUUUUCUUCGACUUAUUUUUUUUUCCAGUAUAGCCUUUUUUAACUGACAUUCGUCUACUUGAAGAGGAAGUUGUGGUAUUUCAGAGACUUGUACUGAGAUCAAACCCAAUGCUGGCAGUUCUCCAUUUUUUAAACAUCUUAAGCAUGUAGAGAUUAGCUUAUUUAUUACAAAGAAAACACAUGCAGUCACUGUUCUACAUGAGCUAAAUUACAUUAAAUAAAUGCAACAACAACACAGUUUUUAUUUUGUUUUGCAUUAUUUUUCAUUGUUUAACCGCUAGAGGGCAGCAAAUGUUCUAUUUUAUGCAGUAAACAAAAUAAAAUGUAUUAAAAUA